CUUGGAUAUACGGAAUUAUUUUCUACACAUAUGGAAAGGCGUUGAGAAGGCUCGAACAAUGCAGGUCGUUGCAACUUUGAUUAUCUCGGUAUUGUUCUAUGGUUGCAAAGCGAAUAAGAUGGCCGAGACUCUUGACAUUGGGAAGACGUUAGACGACGAAAUGUUCAAAUCUGAGGAUCUCAAGGAAGACGGUGUGUCAUUUCAGCGAAUAACGGCGAAGGAAGGCUACUUAAUCUCAAAGGUGAUUCAAAAUUAUAAUUUCAUAUGGCAAAGACUUUCUUAUAAACAGGAAUGUAAACACGUCGACUUAUAUAAAAGAAAUGACAGGCCUUUUUUAAUUGCAAUUUUGGUUGUAAAGCCAAAUGAAGAAUCAAAUUUUUACUUCAUGAAUACAAUCUCCACCUGGGCUUCCAUAUCUUACAAAGAGUUCCUCAGUUCCAAAUCAAGAGAUCCAAACUUCUCUGGCCCUGUUCCAGAUGAGAAAAAGAAGGGCUCAUUCACAACAAUGGCCACCUUUUACGCCUUUUUAAUCAUGUCCAUUUGUUCUCUAAAUUAGUAAAUUGAGUUCAAAAAAGGUUUAGAUUAUCAUUUUGAACAUUUUUAGUUUCCUAUUGGUUUGGACAAUCGCAUUAAUUUUAUCGGAUAAAAGUGAAUUGGAAAGAUUUAAAAUAAAAUAUAUUUAAAUUGAGAAAAU